CUGAUGACGUCGUAAAGACGCGACCUAGACUCACCAAAGUGGGAGAUUCGAAGUGGCUAGCGAAGCAAAACGGGUUUGAGAUCGAAUUGUGCCGAACCCACUCACGUCCCAUGAAUUUACACAAGACCCUGGAGACUUUUACCAACCUUCAUUAGGAUGGCCACCCCGAGCAAGACACCACCCGGUGCCGACCCAAAGCAGCUGGAGCGGACGGGGACGGUCCGGGAGAUCGGGUCUCAGGCGGUGUGGUCCCUCUCCUCCUGUAAACCAGGUUUUGGAGUCGAUCAGCUGAGGGAUGACAACCUGGAGACUUACUGGCAGUCAGAUGGAUCCCAACCUCACCUGGUCAACAUACAGUUCAGGAGGAGGACAACAGUGAAAAUGCUGUGUAUUUAUGCUGAUUAUAAAUCUGAUGAGAGCUACACACCCAGUAAGAUCUCUGUCAGAGUGGGCAACAACUUCCACAACCUGCAAGAAAUCAGGCAGUUGGAGAUGGUGGAGCCCAGUGGCUGGAUUCACAUUUCUCUGAUGAACCAGCGGACAAACGAGCCGAUCAGCACCUUCAUGAUCCAGAUCGCCGUCUUGGCCAACCACCAGAACGGCAGAGACACUCACAUGCGGCAGAUUAAAGUCUACACGCCGGUGGAGGAGAGCUCCAUCGGCAAGUUCCCGCGAUGCACCACGGUCGACUUCAUGAUGUACCGCACGAUCAGGUGAUCUGGACUGACAGGUGACCACCUGACCUGACCCUCUGUGCCCCCUGGGAAAGUUUGGGAAUCACACAAAAUGACACAGACUGAUUAUCUGGAGCUGCUGCUGUGUUUCUGACGUGAUGCAGAUUGAUUGAUUCUAUUCUGAAUCCAAAAUCGAUCGUUCUUACAUUGGUUAUGAUUAAGGUUUUGUCAAAUGUGGCUUCUUAAAAGUGCAGUACUGACAUUUUAAAUUCAAGCUGCCUAUAUUUAAUAUAUUUAAAUUUGACUUUAACAAGAGUUCAGUGUUUUUCUUUGUAGUUUCUUCCUACAUGAUCAAAUCCCUCCAUCACAUGAUAUACUGUCUUUUUUUACACUUCUAUAUUUGUAUGAAUAAAAAAAAAAAAAAAACAGGUAUAUAACGUGUUACUUCAUGGAUUAAUUGCCAAUAGAAAGAACAUCAGAUUUGGUUAAACAGCCACACAGAGGACUUUGAUUUGUUUGUGAGAGAACUUUAAUGUCUCAUGAUGGUUUAAAAGCUGAUUCAGAGACUUUUCCAUCAUAAAAAUAAGAAAAUUCUGGAACAAACACUGAUUAUUUUUGGGUGUUUUUAGCAUUAAAAUGGUCAAAUUUAAAGAUAUUAAAUAUGGCACAUCAACCCAGCAGUGACAGUUUAUAUGUUGUGAUGUCUGAAGAGUUCAGCUCCUUAAAGAAAUGUGGCAGCACUUUUGGAGAAAAACCAGCUCCGACUUUAAUAAUGUGGCUGUUUGUAUGAAAGUAAAGCACAUUAUCAGCUAUU